CCGAAGGCGAGGUCCCUUUUUUGCUCUACAAGCUUUGCGCCGCAGAGCCCAGCAGCAAGCCCUACACUGAAGAGUACGUGAAGAGUGAGGAGUUCAGAGAACCUGGAGCCUACCCAGACCAAAACUUGCUUUUGUUUUCUUCUUAGGAAGCAUGCGUGAGUCACCCAACAAUCUUUGCACGGGACACAUGCAUGCCCGCGCACUCCCCCCUCAACUUGCACCUAUUACCUAUACCACUGUGAGCUUGUGACUGUGCAUGGUCAUGGUCAUGCCUUGAGGAGGGGAGUGCCGGUCCCAGGCCGCUGAGGCUGAGCAAACCACAAGGCAAAUCUUCCCCAGCUCCCUCCGAUCCCUCUCGCCUCCCCAGAUUUUAUUUUAUACUCCACUGCCUGCAGUGCAUCACCUCCCGUUUCUUCCCUCCGUCUCUUCUUCUUCCUCCUCCUCUCGUGAGCCAUGAAUGAGCUCUGCGACCUCAAGGUGCACAUCAAUGGCCAUCACACGCUUCAUCUCCACCAGAGCGUCAUGUGCGCCUUCUCGGGGACGCUGAGGACACUGGUGAGGCAGGAGAAGAAGAAGGGCGGCAGAAAGGAAGCCGUGUCCAUCAAGCUCGCCGGCUUCCCGGGCGGCGCCGACGGCUUCGAGCUCGUGGCCAGGUUCUGCUACAACAACGGCCGCGUCCUGCUCUGCCCCUCCAACCUCCCGCUCCUGCACUGCGCCGCCGUGUUCCUGGAGAUGACCGAGGAGGUCUGCGCCUGCAACCUGCUGGCGCAGGCGGAGGCCUUCGUGAACGGGCUCUGCUACUGGACCUGGGGCGACGUGCUCGCCGCGGUCAGGAGCUGCGAGCCCUUUGCCGCGGCGGCCGACGCGUCCGGCCUCCUGGAGAGGCUCAUCUCCGCGCUCUUCUCCAAGAUCACCGCCACCCCGGAGACGCCCACCGCCGCGGCCGCCGCCGCGGUGGGGACGCCGACGAACCGGUCCUCGUCGUCGUGCUCCUCGUCGCCUGACACGGUGGGCUUCGGCCGGUUGUCGUCGUCCAUUACCAAGACGCCGGAGUCGAUGCGGCCCUGCGCCGGCAGGGAGUGGUGGUUCGACGACAUGACGUCGCUGUCCCCGCCGACCAUCGAGAAGGCGAUGCGCGUGCUCGGCUGCUACGGUGUCGAGAACAAGAACCUGAUCCUGACGCGGUUCCUGCUGCACUACCUCCGCGCCGCCACGCGCAGGCCGCUGGCGCUCUGCGAGGGGGAGCGGGACGGCGCCGCGCUCGCCGGCCUCGCGGACACGGCCGUCCACGGCGUGGCGCUCGUCGGGGGCACGGCGUUCUCGUGCCGGGGCCUCUUCUGGGUGCUGCGGAUCGUGUCGGCGGUGGGGCUGAGCAGGGAGUGCAGGCACAAGCUGGAGCGGCUCAUGGGGCUGAUGCUGGACCAGGCCACGCUCGACGACCUCCUCGUCUCCGGCGACGACGGCGGCGUGUACGACGUCAACCUGGUCAUGAGGCUGGUCAGGGUGUUCGUUGCCUCCCAAGAGGAGGCCGACGCGCCGUCGCAGAGGAUGCGGAAAGUGGGGCGCCUGCUCGACAAGUACCUCGGCGAAAUCUCGCCGGACCACGGCCUGAAGGUGUCCAAGUUCCUCGCCGUUGCCGAAAGCCUGCCGGACGCGGCCAGGGACUGCUAUGACGGCGUGUACAGGGCGCUCGACAUCUACCUCGAGUCGCACCCGGCACUGUCCCUGGAGGAGCGCACGACGCUAUGCCGGUGCCUCAACUACGAGAAGCUGACGCUGGAGGCGUGCAAGGACCUGGCCAAGAACCGGCGGAUCCCGCCAGGCGUGGCGGUACAGGCGCUUUCGUCGCAGCAGUGCAAGCUCCACAUCAGCGAGCCCGGGCCCGGCGCGGCUGCGGCGAAGGAGCGGCGGCCGGACCCGUCCACCUGCUCCCAGUCCCAGACGCCGAGGAGGAGGGUCACCCGCCGCGCCACCCGCAGCGUGGACCUCGGCGGCGGCCGGGGCGGCGGUGAAGACGACGAGAAGGAGCUGCUGCGGCUGAACCUGCAGAGGAUGCAGAGCCGGGUGGUGGAGCUGGAGCGGGCGUGCAAGGAGAUGAAGGGCCAGAUGUCCAAGAUGGCCAAGGGCAAGUCCUUCUCCUUCGGCGCCGGCGCCGCCUCCUGCCACCAGACCGGCGGCAGGGGCUUGCCUAGGCUCUGCUGACGGUGACGGGGGAGUCGAGCAGUAAGCCAUGAGUAACUUCUUGUUCUUUUUUGUUCUUCUUUUAUUUUUCUGGUAUAAUUGUCACAUAUAGCUUGCGAUUUUCCUCUUGAUCCCUUUGUAAAGCUGAUUGCUUGGUUGACGGAGCAUUGGUUCGAUCGUCCUUUUUA